AUGGAGGAGGUUCUUAAUCGCGUGGCUGACAGUAUCCCAACUUUGGAGAAUAGCAAGUAUAAAGGAAACAUGGGUCGCAUUGGAGUUCUCGGGGGGUCUAAAGAGUAUGUCCUUGGCAUUUUUAAACUCAAAGGUACUCUGGUGCGCCCUACUUUGCCGGCAUUACCGCGCUUUAUUGCGUAGGAUUCGAUAAAAUAAUGAUUGACUCACUAGGGAGCUGAUAUCGUCCAUGUGUUUUCGGCGGCAGCAGCCGCCCAAUCGAUCAAGUGCUACAGCCCAGAGUUAA